AUGAGCUGUUUUUAUCAUUGUCACUCAUUGUCUCACCUAAGCACAUCGUCUGUUUUUCAGCUCGUCCAGGAUUUCAAUACCCAGGUGGCCCUGUACCGGGAGCUGGUGAUUUCCAUUGGGGAUGUCUCUGUCACCUGCCCAUCUCUGCAUGCAGAAAUGCACAAAACUCGGACCCAGGGAUGUGAGAUGGCCUAUCAGGCUUACCAGAAGCUAGCGGCAAUUUCUGGCCCAGAAGACGGUGAAAUUCAUCCUGAAAUCUGUAGACUAUAUAUCCAGUUGCAGUGUUGCUUAGAAAUGUACACAACGGAAAUGCUCAAGUCCAUAUGUCUGCUAGGAUCCCUGCAGUUUCAUCGGAAAGGAAAAGAGCCUUGUGCCCCAUCCAAGAUCCUGGAUACUAAAGUGGAGGAGAGCUCCGAAGUCCCUAUUUUAGAAGACACAUUAUCAUCACCUACAGAUAUUCAACAGCAUUUAUGGCAGGUUUCCACAGACAUUGAAAACACUGAGAGAGAUAUGAGAGAAAUGAAAAACCUUUUAAGUAAACUCAGGGAGACUAUGCCUUUACCACUGAAAAAUCAAGAUGAUAGCAGCCUCCUAAACUUGACCCCUUACCCAUUAGUAAGAAGACGUAAGCGAAGAUUCUUUGGACUGUGUUGUCUUGUCUCAAGUUAAAAGAUUAAAUACAGAAACACCAAGAAAAUCAAACAUUGGUUAAACUACUGUCAUUUCACCUCUGAAAAGAAUGUUACUACUCUUCAUUAUAAAGUAUACUUUCUAUGCUGGCCUAUUCUUUUUCUCAGCUGCUCUAUCCCCCUUUGCAAUAUAAGGGUUUUGAAGCUUAAAGUUACAGUGGCGAAGAACUAGCUGCAGAAUAGAUCUAGCAUAACUAGGAGUGUUUAUAAAAUGUCUAAAAGUAUGUUUUGCAUGCUUACUUUGAACCACUCAGAGAAAAGACAUAUGGAUUAUGGUUAAUAGAUCAUUUUAAAAUUUUUUAUUGUUUGAACUACAGCUGAAAGUUUGUGCAUAGUACAGUAUUCUAAUCAGUAUCAUAUUGAAAUACUUGAUCAUAUUCUAACAGUCUUUAAGCAUAGAAAAAUGUUUAACAGCAAAAGUAUCGAAGUUCUAAAAUAUUUAAACACUAUCAGAAUUUGCACAAAAUCUCCAUUUGCUUUUUGUGCUCUUGUUCAUAUUUAGUCUUCCGCACUAUCUCAAUUAAAAAGCUUCAUAGAAAAAUAUCUUAAUUUACACAAAACCUAUAUGAAAAUAUUUAGAACUUGCAAAUACAGAGAAAUCAUUCAGCCUAUAUACUGUACGAUACAUAGAAAUAAGGUAUUUCCUUCUAAGUCUUUAGAGAUACUUUUAAGUAUCUCUAUCUAGUUUUUAGGUAUCUCUAAAAGCUUUUGAAAAAAUAAUAAUUUAUUGAAGUGUAGCAGAAUAAACAACAUAAAACACAACACCAACCCAUUUUGUUUCCAAUAGAAUUUAAAGCAUGGUAUCUGCAUAUCACAAAGUAACUCCUAUAGGGCAUGCCAGAAUUAUCUCAGACUGUAAGAUACUAAACGUUUUACAUUGUUAAUAAAGUUUUUUAUUUAAAUUAAAUGACUUGUUUCUAGAGAUAUUUCCAGAACAUAUGGGGAUUUUUUUGUAAUUUUACUGUAAAAAAAACCUAUGAAGUUUUGGUAAUUUUUCCAUUUCAAGAUGUAUGUUUACAAAGAGACAGAAAAUUACAAUUAAUAUAUAAGUGCUAAAAUGACUGCUAGUAGAAGCAAUAUAUAUGAAUAAGCCAGAGUUGUAUUGGUAUUUCAGGAUGAUAGACACCAGAACUAAACUUGCACUAGACAGUAACACUACAAGCCCCAUGACAAUCUGUAACUACAGUACCAAACAUGAAGGUGGCUAUGAGCCUGUCUGCUACUCCACCGUGAGCCAACACAUUAACAGGAACAAAAAUCCUUCUUGCUGCAUGAGGGUUUAGUGGUCUGUAAGGAGGAAAUGUUCCCUUGUCACAGAAAACACCUCUGGAGUUAGAUGCUCUGUGUUUUUUGUUGGUAAGACACUUUUAGAAGCAGUUUGUUACAGAAGGCUGUUCACUGAACUAUAUAUGGCACCUACUGAAUGUGUCUCAUCUAACUGAUUUUUCUACCAAAUUUUUCUCUUGAAAUGCUGUUUACCGAAAAAGAAAACACACCCUUGAUAGCAGUGUUAGAGAACUGCAUGGCCCAAAACCUGAGAUCUAAUUUAAUUCCAAGAUGAGAAGGCAGGAUUUAUUCUUUAUGAGUAAGUGAUCCUGUCAGUCAUACCAUUUAGAUUUAGGAAGUUGUGUAACUGAGUUUAUAACAUUUCUCUCAAAGUAUACCUUUCUUUUCAAGCAGAUAUAGCAGACAGAUGUUUUUUUCCAAGUUGUAGUCAUCUGCUCGCCUUUCAGCCUUUCAGCCUUUCAGCCUUUCAGAUUGCUCCAAAAGUAAUGCCUCCUAUUUAUUUCCGUGGAAACGAUAACAGCUACAAAGAGUACAAUAGCACUGUUUGAUAGAACAGAAAUUCUCAGCUACAAGACAGUUUUUCAACACAGUCACCACUGUUAGCUAUGUAUUUUUGUCUGUGAUUAGCAAGAGCCUGCAUGUCAUACCAGUGAAAAUGUGUACAAGCAAAAGUGACUCACUGUUUCACAGCUAUGACAGCACUGUCGCCAUGAAAAUGUUGCCAUGCAGUCCAUAUUUCAUUGGCCCAAGCAGAUGGAAGUCAGAAGGCACCAAAUCCAGACUAUACAAAGGAUGUGGUAGGACAGUCUAGCCAAGACUGGCAACAUGCUCAAACUGGUCUUCACACUUGCAUGGGGCCUGGCGUUAUCAUAUUGCAAGAGAAAGACUGACUUCUUCUCUCACUUGGCUCUGGAAGUUCAAGCCUUCAGCUCGGUCAGCAUCGUGAUGCAGUGGUCAGUGUUGAUGUUUUGUCCAGGUUCCAGGAAGUCCAGAGGAUCACCCUUUCCUAUCCCAAAAGACAGUGCACGUGACUUUACCCGAUGAAGGCUGCGUCUUGAACUUUUUUCUUCUAUGGGGAAUUGCACGUGUCACCACUCCAUGGACCAUUGACUCAUAGUGGUGACACCAUAUCUCGUCACCAGCAAUGACGCAAUCCAGAAAACUAUCACCUUCAGCUUCGUAUUAGUUCAGUAUGUUCUGACAAACUUGCAUAUGAUGUUAUUUCUGUUCCUGUGUGAGCAUUUAUGGAACCCUCCUGGCACAAACUUUGCAGUAUUCUAAUAUUACCAUUAUUUUUUCCAAUGCCUUGAAGCCAAUAUUCAGCUCCAUACACAGCUCCCUGGUUGCUCCAGGAUCCAAAUGGAUCUUCAUUUUGUGGUGUGACAGGUGUGCAUGACAUCUGGACUGUGGCUUGUCUUUCAUGUUACUGCUACCACUGCUGAAACACCCACUGCCUCGCUGUAUCUACAUUUAGUUUUGUCUCCAUAAAUGUUCAGACUCUGCUUUGUCAGAGAGCCCCUCAGCUGCUAUCUGUCACAUGGCAACAAUGUGUAAUGGGAUAUUGGUGAGAAGGUUCAACCUCUGGUGCCAUAUCACGAGCAUCCGCCAUGGGCCAACAGAAUAAAAUAGGAGGCAUUACUUACAGAGCAGCCCUUGCAUAUUUUUGAAUAAUUAACCCCAAAUAAUUUUAAUGCAGUGAGGACAAAUACAUCUAAAAUGUCCUCAUAGAAAUUGUGUUUCUAUAAGCAAAAUGAAUUCCAUCAAAGGAACGCAUGCCUACAUACUCUAAGAGCGUUUAGCAGAAAGCACAAUAACAUUCUGUAAAUAGCACAGAGAAAGGUAACUGCAGUGUAUUUUAUGAUUUCAUGUCACAAUCUACUCUUCAGAGUAUAAUGCAUUUAUCAUAAGAAUAGCUGUAUGCAGUCACAAAAGUGUGUGCUUGUGAGCAUGAAUGUGUAUCUAAGAAGCAUGGAAUCAAAAUGCAUAGAAAGAUUAUUUUCAAAAUCUAUUUUCCUCACAGCAAUGUCCUUAUUAACCAGAUUCUGCUUUUCUGUAAUAAAUAAAGAAUGUCCAAGAGAUA